AUGACAGCCGGUGACAGAAGCCUCGAAGUGCGCAAUGGCGCAAAGCACUCAGUAACAAUGGCCAACGGCAACUCUGAUGGAUCCAAUGGUGUGCAUUCGACCAGCAGCGACGAAGACUUGACGAGUCGCGAUUCUCGUCCAGCAUACAGGCGGAAGAUGUCGACACCAUUGGCUCCUGCCUUUAUGGUCUCGGCCCCUGGGAAGGUCAUUGUUUACGGCGAACAUGCUGUCGUUCACGGAAAGGCUGCUAUGGCUGCUGCCAUCUCUCUUCGUUCCUACAUGCUCGUUACCACUCUCUCCAAGUCACGUCGUACCAUCACCUUGCGCUUCCGCGACAUUGACCUUGACCACACCUGGGACAUUGACUCGCUCCCAUGGGAUGCCUUCUCUCAUCCCGAUCGCAAGAAGCGCUACUACGAUGUCGUUACGCAACUCGACCCAGUCCUUGUCGACGCUAUGAAACCUCACAUUUCCAAAGUUUCUCCCAAUAUCCCACUUCAUGAGCAAAAGAUACAUCAAGCCGCAGCAUCCUCCUUCCUCUAUCUCUUCCUUUCACUCGGCAACAAGGCUUCGCCUGCCACCAUUUACACUUUACGUUCUACGAUACCCAUCGGCGCCGGUCUCGGUUCCAGCGCCAGCAUUUCUGUUUGCAUUGCUACUUCCCUUUUACUACAGGCUCGCGCUCUUUCUGGCCCUCACCCCGAUCAGAUGCCCGAAGAGGCCGAGAAACAAAUAGAGAGGAUCAAUCAGUGGUCCUUUGUGGGUGAGAUGCUCAUCCACGGCAACCCUUCUGGAGUGGACAAUACGGUUGCCUCAGGAGGCAAGGCUGUGCUUUUCAAGCGCGCAGACUACGCAAAACCUCCGCUAGUACUACCGCUACGAAACUUCCCAGAGCUACCGCUACUUCUAGUAGACACGAAACAACCAAAGAGUACUGCUGCAGAGGUCGCAAAGGUGGCACGUUUGAAGAAGACACAACCUAAGAUUGCCAACCAUAUUCUGGACGCUAUAGACAAUGUCACCGAGUCCGCGCAUGCUUUAAUCACUAGCCCGGACUUCGAUCCCAAGGAUCCUUCAGCGCUCACUCAGCUUGGCGAAUUGGUCUCGAUAAAUCAUGGUCUUCUGGUCAGUCUGGGGGUCUCACAUCCCAAGCUUGAGCGUCUGCGCCAGCUCGUAGACACAGCAGGAGCUGGAUGGACCAAGCUCACCGGUGCAGGCGGAGGCGGCUGUGCCUUUACUCUUCUUAAGCCAGAUUUACCUGCAGUCGGCGAAGAAAUGCCAGUAGCAGAAACGGCAAACUCACAAUCAGAAAUCCUAGCACGACUGGAGAAAGAACUCGAAAAGGAAGGUUUCGAGAAGUAUGAGACAACGCUCGGAGGUGAUGGUGUUGGUGUGUUGUGGCCUGCUGUUCUCGACAAUGGAAGUGAUGAACUUGGGGGCGAGGAGAUUGACUCGGACAAGUUUGAAGCAGUCGAGGGCCGUGAAGGUGUCGAGAAGCUCGUCGGAGUUACAGGCGGAGUUCACGGAGGUGCACGAGAAGGCUGGAAGUUCUGGAGGAUAUGA